AACCUGCGGCUUCUCAUCGGACGACGGCAAAGCGCCUACCUAACUACCUACGCAUCUCGACUUCACGACUCCUCUCAGCCGUAGAUCUACAGCUGCCUGCUGCACCGUCUUCGUCUCCUCCGUCGCCGCCUCCUCCGCAGAUAAGCUACCGAUACCCGGAACCACCAACUUAUCCACUCACCCACGUCGCCCAUCAUGGUCAAGCCCGUAGUCUCCGCGAUGAACGCCUGGACCUGCAUCGUCGUGUCUAUGUUUGCGAUUGUGAUUUUGAGUACUAUUGGCGCUUUGUUCAAGGGAAGCAGCAAUGUCGUCAUGGGCGGCCACGAGGACCCCAAAGAUGGAAAUGCUGUUGCAGGCGCCGUGUUUGGCGCUGUGUUUAUUUACAUUGGAUUCUUCGUCUUCUGCGGACUCCAAGCCUUCCUUCAUAUGCGCGAAAGCCGUCGCGGCGCGAUAAGCCUCUCAUAAUUCUACUUCCCCGAUGAAUAGAUGUGGUUGCGCCAUCAGGGGCGGACAUAAUGUACGAUGACAGGGACUAUGGGAGGAUAUGACGCGGCACUGGGAUGCGCGCACACGUCAGCAUGCAUGCCUGGGGAAGGGGAGAGAUGGGGAUUAUCUGUAUCUUGUAACAUUGCACAAGGCGUUCUGGUAGCUACUGGUGGUUUUGGUACUGCGUUUUGUAGGAUGUUAUUGAGUCUGGUCGAAUACCAUGCUAUUUGUACAUGUGCA